AUGGCCGUCCUCCCAAAGGUUUCGAAGCAACUUCUCAUCACGUUUUUCUGCUAUUUUGCCUCCCUUUUUGCCUUUACCUUCGUUGCUGUUGGUGUGCUAUGCUUGAUUCCUGUGAUAGCAAUCUUAAUCUAUGGCCUAAAUACUGACCAAAACUUCUUACUCGGCAUAGAAACCAUCUUUUUCUUCUUUAGCAUCUCUUAUUGUAUUGGCGUUUGGUAUUUGACAACAAUUUGGCAAUUGUCAAGCGUCGUGGCGGUUUUGGAAAAGUCAUGUGGGUUCAAAGCCAUGGCGAAAAGCAAGGGUUUACUUAAGGGGAAGAUGAAGAUGGUUAUAAUGUUAUGGGUGUCGUUGGAUUUGCCUUUGGGAGUGAUUCAGUUAGUGUUUCUUCAUUAUUUUGUUAUUAGGUCAACAUGGGUGGGCAGGAGUAUUUUGGGGAUUUGUUGGGUGCUGUUGUUUAUGGUGUUCCUUUUGGUUAAGCUUGUGUUGGAAACUGUGGUGUAUUUUGUUUGUAAAUUGCAUCAUGGUGAGAGGGUUGAUAAGUUGGCUUUGUGGAACCAUCUUCAAGGUUAUAUAUCACCUCAUCACUACGAUCAAUUGAAAGUUGAUGAUGACAAUAAUAGUGUUCAGCUUGAGAAUAAUGAAGCUGUUAGAUAG